CCUUUAUCUCCCCUAGCCUUCGGGGCCUCGGCACUGCCAUGAACAGCCGGCUCCUGUCUGUGUUGUUGCUGCUCCUGCUGGGGGUCUUAGGCCCAUGGGGACAGGGACAGGAUCCACCGGGUCCCUUGGAGGACCUCCCAGAGGAGCCCCCUGGGGAGAAAGUUCCCAAAGAGGAAGGGGUUUUGGUGCUGAAUGGCAGCACCCUGAACCGGGCACUGCAGGAACAUCCGGCCCUGCUGGUGGAGUUCUAUGCCCCAUGGUGUGGACACUGCCAGGCGCUGGCUCCUGAGUACAGCAAAGCAGCCACUCUGCUGGCAGCCGAGUCAGCCCCAGUUACACUGGCCAAGGUGGAUGGGCCAGCAGAGCUGGAGCUGAUGAAGGAAUUUGGUGUGACAGAGUACCCCACACUCAAGUUCUUCCGCGACGGGAACCACACACACUCUGAGGAGUACACAGGACCCCGGGAAGCUGAGAGCAUUGCUGAGUGGCUGAGGCGGCGGGUGGGGCCCAGUGCCACACACCUCAAGGAUGAGGAGAGUACCCAGGAACUGAUAGAUGCUCAGGAUGUAGUGGUCAUAGGCUUCUUCCAGGACCUUCAGGAUGAGGAUGUGGCUACCUUUCUGGCCUUGGCCCGGGAUGCCUUAGACAUGACCUUUGGCCUCACUGACCAACCACAGCUUUUUCAGAAGUUUGGCCUCACCAAGGAUACAGUGGUCCUCUUCAAGAAGUUUGAUGAAGGGCGGGCUGACUUCCCAGUGGAUGAGGAGAUCGGCUUGGACCUGGGGAAUCUGUCCCGCUUCCUGGUCACACACAGCAUGCAACUGGUCACAGAGUUCAACCAGAAGACAUCCCCGAAGAUCUAUGCUGCCCGCAUACUCAACCACCUGCUGCUGUUUGUGAAUCAGACAAUGGCCCCACACCGGCUGCUGCUAGCUAGCUUCAGGGAGGCGGCUCCCCCUUUCCGGGGGCAGGUUCUUUUUGUGGUGGUGGAUGUAGCUGUCAACAAUGACCACGUGCUGCAGUACUUUGGUCUCAAGGCUGAGGAGGCCCCCACCAUGCGCUUGAUCAACAUUGAGACCACCAGGAAGUAUGCACCCACAGAUGGGGGGCCUAUCUCUUCAGCUUCUGUGGCUGCCUUCUGCCACUCGGUCUUCAGUGGUGAGGUCAAGCCCUACCUGCUGAGCCAGGAGGUUCCCCCUGACUGGGACCAGCGGCCUGUUAAGAUUCUUGUGAGCAAGAAUUUUGAGCAGGUGGCUUUUGAUGAAACAAAGAAUGUGUUUGUGAAGUUCUAUGCCCCUUGGUGCAGCCAUUGCAAGGAGAUGGCCCCAGCCUGGCAGGCACUGGCUGAGAAGUACAGGGACCACGAGGACAUCGUCAUUGCAGAGCUGGAUGCCACAGCCAAUGAGCUGGAGGCCUUUGCAGUACACGGCUUUCCUACCCUCAAGUACUUCCCGGCAGGGCCAGGUCGGAAGGUGAUUGAAUACAAAAGUGCCAGGGAUCUAGAGACUUUCUCCAAAUUUCUGGACACUGGAGGCGAGCUGCCUGUGGAAGAGUCCACAGAGAAGCCUGAGACUCCCUUCUUGGAGCCACCAGCCAAUUCCACCCUGGGUCCCAAGGAGGAGCUCUAGCUGCCCUGGAGCAUCUGCCUGGAGUGUCUCGGGGUACUGGAGGGAGCUGUGUGCUGUGAAUAAAGAACAGUUGGUCCUAAA